AUGUCAACUCAAAGGGAAAUCACAGAGAGCGGAGCUAUGAGGAAACGAAUGAAACCUGAGGUGGUAGAAAAGGUAGGAGAUGAAACAAAAUCAAAGACUGUAGAGGAGGAAGAAUUUGAGGCGAACAUUGCUGGAUCUGAAGAAAUGGAACUCAGUAUCUCUCUUAUUCUUGAGAAGAUUGAGAAUUAUACUCAGAUGGUAUAUGAGCUCCUAGAAUCAGGAAAAACAAUGUUGAAGGAGCUAACCAAUGCAUUUGAAGGGAAACUGAUUAUGAUUCACAAGGAGCAAGUGGAAAAAUGGCAAGAAGAAAUCAGAGAAUUGUGUGCACUCGAUGCCUCAAAUGAAGAAGCCAAUGCUCUUUUGCUUAAUGCUCGAUAUCUUCUUCAGCCCACUUGUGAUCAUUAG